CAUUCGAAUUUUUUCGUCUCCGUAAGUGGUAGUCAACAAAACUACUGUUCGUUCAUUACGAGAAAAUUUGUUGCGAUAUUUCGUUCAGUUUGAAUAUUCAAGUGCAAUGGCUGAGAUUAUUUUAAAUAAAGGUUUCAAAAAAUUGAAGUACAUUAACGUUUUCUGCACAUUUUCUGAAGGAAGACAGGAUAAGUUUGUAGUAAAGACAGUUUGUGUUUCAGGAUGUUUGAAAUUUUAUGUAACGUAUACCGUACAUGAAAGACACGAAGGCAAAGUGCUUAAAGUGGAUCACUUAUCCGUUGUUCUCGAGAAGGAGUUGGACAUGCUGGAGAUUUCGAGGUACAUGAGGUCAUGGGAGAAAACUAAGGACACCCAGACUGUAUACCACGCUCUUGCAGAGUAUGGGCAGUCUGUCGCAGUCAGAGACAGUAUCAUCAGCAUGCUUCAGGUAAACCAUUCCGCGUACUUCUGGUUCCGGCGCUGCAGUAAUUCAGGUCACUACUUCAUAAUUGCUCUUGACUUUGCUACUGGAAAGGAACUAAUGCAGUCGGAAUGGGCAAUAAAAUGGGACGUUCAGAGUCACUGUAUGAUUGACUCGUUCACCUUUGUUUUCAGUAACCAAGUCCACCACAACACCUACCCGCCGCGCCGGCCGCCUACUCUAUGGUCAUGAUGAGAUCAUCCCCCUCCAGCUUCAUGUUGGGCGCGACGUCGAGGCUCUUGACGGUGCCGGCCACCGGCGCCUGCACCACCAUCUCCAUCUUCAUGGCGGACAGCACCACCAGCGCCGCCCCCUUCUCCACCCUGUCCCCGGGCGCCACCUUGAUGUCGAUCACCGUGCCCGGCAUCGGGGCCCCCACUUGGCCCUUCACGCCCUUCUGGGCCUUGGGGUGAAUGUGCAGCUCCUGUGCGACGGGGAACACAGUAGGUAUCAGCUGACAGGUGUCCACAGGCCAUGAAAGCCACGGAUUUGAAGGACUAGUUGCGAAAGUCACAAAGUCCCCAACCAGUGGCGUAGCCAGGAUUUGUGUAUGGGGGGGUGUUAAGAAGCAUGGCCCCUCCCCCCGUAUUGAAACGGGGGGUCCGGGUCCUCCCCCGGGAAAAUUUGGAUUUUAAGGUGUAAAAUAGUGCUAUUUUAGCAGUUUUCGGUACUUAAAUUUAAAUAUUGUAAUGGUAAAAAUUUUAUUAAUUUUAAUAUGAAAUUUGUUUGUGAUGAAUAAGAAAUUAAUUAAAGAUUUGGUGUUAGGGGGGGGGGGGGGGUUUGAACCCCUAAAUCCCCCCUGGCUACGCCCCUGUCCCCAACUAAACAGAACCAGUUUACAAAAUUUUAAUUUCCAGCAGUCUUUUGCUAGAUUUAAUUCUUUUUUUUUUUGCCUCAGUUCGGUUUAUAGUCGCAGCUUGAAAAUAAAUAACAAGAGACCGUCAACUUGCAUCAUGUGAAAAUUAUUAUCUCUGAACAGUUUUAGCUUUUUAACAUAACUGGCACAUUCCUUACAUUUUUAUAUAAUGUUUAAAUUAGCUUAUAUAUAAAAACACGUUCGUUAUUUAAAAUUGUUACAAGAAAAUUUUACUAAAACACCCGUAGAAAGUUCUGAAUUGGUACACAAGGUAUUUGUAGAAACCUUGCAACUACAAUAGGCAAGCUAAAACUAUUACAUAUUUGACAGUCACUAUAAAGUAACCUUAAAAUGGAAUCUAUUCGGCUUUUAAAAGUAUGUACCUGUUUUUAAUUAUAAUAUUUAACUAUUCACAAUUCUCUGAGCCAUAGCUUGCAAGACAUUUAAUAUGAAUUGAUUAUUUUCCACUCUUUCCUGAUCUCAUCUGAACAAAACAGAAAAAAAAUA